ACAGAGUGACGGGGGUGAUACGAGAGAGAAAGAGAGGCAUAGAGGACCAGAUAUCAGAGCUUCCUUUCACAGACACAUUAAAAAAACACUCCUUCACUCCUCUGCUGGAGACUCAACAGCUGGAUCGCAAUGCAAUUAAGAGCCAGCGAGCAAUUACUGUUUCUGUGGAUCCGGACAUCUCAUCGAGCUUCCAAAAGGCUCGUUUAGAUUUUUCUUCAUCUGAUUAUUCUUUUGAGAUUUUUAUUUUUAUUUAUUUCUGUGGAUUCUAUGAAGGCGACUGGAAGCUUGAGGACGGAGUGCGUCAAGUGAGCGCACGUAUCCAACAAGUGGAUGCAUGAAUUCGCUCCCAGCAGACGAUUCUUGGAUUCACUGGAAGCGAUUUUUUUUCUCUUUUUUUUUGGGCACCGAUUGGUCCGAUUAUUUUUUGCACAUCAGAGUCAAAUAACCUGCGCUAAUUAGCUCAGAUGUGGAUUUUGUCUGAGCUGCUGCUGUUGUCUCUAUGUGCGCAUUUUCUUCGCUAGUCUUGGCGACUUUGUGCAUCGUUGUUUUCCGAGCUUACCCCAAAACUGCAAUGAGGUAGGACAUCCCCCCCUCAAUUCCCCCCUUCUUUAUUCCUAAAAAAAGAAAGAAAAGGAAGAUUUAAGGCGGCGGAAUCCGCCGUUUCCCGCCUCCCCCCCUCCUCACAUCCAUGGACUCGCUCCUCUGUUCCCUCGGUGACCGUGAGGGGAAGUUGGGAUCCUCUCUGUAGACCCGUUUUCUGUAUGACGAGGGCGCAGGUGGCGAGCAAAGGUCGCAGCCAUGCCGAUGCAUCCAGUCACCUCCACGUUGAUGUACCGGGGGAUCUGCACCAUCCCCGACAUCCUCUACAGCGCCCCGGUGAACCUGCCCGAAGACGAAGUUGAAGAGAUCCGCGAGGCCUUCAAAGUGUUUGACCGCGAUGGGAACGGGUUCAUCUCCAAGCAGGAGCUGGGAAUGGCCAUGCGCUCUCUGGGCUACAUGCCAAACGAGGUGGAGCUGGAGGUCAUCAUCCAGAGACUGGACAUGGAUGGCGACGGCCAGGUGGACUUUGAGGAAUUCGUCACUCUUCUGGGUCCAAAGCUGACGGCAGCUGGGUUGCCAGACAAGUUCAACGGCACCGACUUUGACUCCGUUUUUUGGAAGUGCGACAUGCAGAAACUGACGGUGGAGGAGCUGAAGAGGCUUCUGUACGACACCUUCUGUGAUCAUCUUUCCAUGAAAGACAUCGAGAACAUCAUUAUGACCGAGGAGAACCACAUAGAGAACCCUGAGGACUGCCAGGUGGAUAUAGACAGCUCCAGCCCGACACAGCAAGUCAAGCAAACCUGUGUGCGCAAAAGCCUGAUAUGCGCCUUCGCCAUCGCUUUUAUCAUCAGCGUCAUGCUCAUCGCAGCCAAUCAGGUGCUGCGAAGCGGCAUGAAAUAGGAGCCAGGGCGCCUGCAGCCUUGACCACCACCUAAAGGCUACUUUACAGGACAAUGGCUGAGGAGACAAAGCUCAAAAACAAAUACAACAGACAAUCACACAGCUGUGAAACAGACCAAGAUGAGAGGACGCUACAUGUGCUGGGAUAUAUCUUGGAGAGACAGUUUUCAAGGAGAACUUGACUUCAGAUACGAAAAGGAACAGUGGACAGCUUACUAUACAUAUCAUUCUCCGUAACACCUACAUUUAGUAUCCAUUAGCUAUGUGCAUUUGAGCAGUGUUGCAUUCAGUAUGGUGGCAGCUAUAGAGAGAAGUGUAGUGACUGUCCAGUUUCGUAUUUGUCCAGUGUACCAUGCAGUUUGUUGUAGACGAGUAGGAAGAAUCUGUGAAAUAUCAUGGGGACGCUGGAGGAAAUGUAUUACUGAGGCUGGAAAGGGUUAUUACGUGCAGCAUUCAGAGUUGAGAUGCAGUGCAACGUUGAUCAAAAGACCACUUGGGAGUAACAAUAGCUUGGUAAGAAGUGGAUAAUAGAGAAGGGUUUGCGAGGAAGUGGACUGUUUUAUUCACUGGCGUCGGAGCAGGAUGCAGCCGGGUGAAGCAGGUUAACAGCUGUCGGUAUGAUGGUGAAGAGGCUCUGAAUGGACAGGUUACUGGCUGGACACGCAGCAAACACUCGACUCUCUCUCUGCUUCGCAGGCCUCAGAGGAUGACCAUCAUCUAUGCAUGAAGUGCAUGGAUUUUAAAAAAAAGUCGUCUUGACACAUUUGUAGAAGUUCUUAUCAAUGUAUUAAUCACUAUGACUGUGUAACAGAGCUGUUUUCAAUUACUUAAUGACAACUGUGAGCAAUUGUGUGUGGUGCCAGGGUGUCAGCAAUCACAACAAAGAGUAAAGCAUACAAGUGCAUGAAAAAGAAGGGCUGCUUUAGUACAUGCUCGAUUAAAAAAUAGAAAUCUGUGGACGUUUUCUGCCUUGCUGGGCGCCUGAUUAUCAUCUCUCACUGCCGCAGGACAGCAAAUAACUACAAGAUGUGUCAAUCAAGCAUUUAAAGAAUAUGCAUCUAAAGUGAGCUAGUGGGGGGUACAAAUGUGCAGGAAUGUAUUUUGUUCUUUUUUUUUUAGCUUGUUUUCUGUCUGGAUGUGUUGCUAUAGAGCAAUAACUGUGUGUAAAAUAGACAUUUCACAAAGCUUUGAACAGACAUGAGGUACCAGGGAAGCUACUAAUUGUUAGAAGUUUUUUCUGGAACAAUUCUAAAAAUUAAGGUUUUGGCAAUAGAAACAGACAUUUGGUCUGAUGUUCAAACACUCUUAUUCAGUGAGAUACAAAGAUCAGACGGACGAGUGUGUCAGAAGCUGCCCAGUGAGCCGAAGUUGAAAAUGGUGUAAACGGUCGCAAUAAAAUACUAAUACCUGUGAAGGCACCACAUGAACUCGAUCGGAUGUAGGUUAGAUUGUUGUGCAGGUAUCUGGGUACGGUCCAUCGCUAUCAUUGUGUGUGUUGUACAUAUAAACCGACAUUACCAAAGCUACAGAAGGAUCUGUCACUAGAGAACUGGGCCACACAGGAGCAAGAUUAAUAAAAGGGGAUGACAAAUACCGACAGAAAUCCUUCAAGUCUAAUGUGUACAAUGUAAAUCCCAACUUUCCAAUCAGCCGACCUUCACCAGGAGAGAUUUUAUCUGAAACAAGGUCAAGAAAAAACUCAUUUGAAUAUGCGACAGAGCAACGAUGUGCUCGGGAAGUUAAAAAAAAAAAAAAAGUCCUUCACAAUGUCCUCAAAAUGAAGACAGUAAUGGCAAUAAAAGGAUCUAAAUAAUUCACAUCUUAUGAAUACAACAUCUUAGAAUCGCCAUUGGCAGCUUCCCCAAAAACUUAAAAUUUCACAUCGCCCGGAGCCAGGCAAGCUAAGGAUUAUCUGAUGCACCUCAGUGAUUUGUCAAAAGUGUCAAAACUGUGGAGAAAACACUCAGAAAAAAAUAGACGAAAAGAAGACCAUUUAUUAAUGAAUACCUUUGUUUCCAUUUUGCACUUUAAGAUGUGCUGCAGCGCACAACAACUCACCGCCAUGAUUGUUCAUCCAUUUCCAGAAAUAGUUCAGACAUUAAAAAAUUUAAAAAACAAUCACCUCACCAUAGAUGUAUCUAUUUUUGUGAUAAGAAUGUGAUGGAAUAGAAUAUAAACCGACUGGCAAACUUUACCGUCUCAUUCGUUUUCCAUGUCAUUAGUGAGAGAACAUUUUUUCAUGGGGAAUAAAGGUUAUAAUAAUAAUUUCAUUUGUUGCCUUAUUCUUUGAAACACUUUGUAUGUACACAUUUUAAAAAAAUCCACCAAUUUAUCAUUUAUCGCCAGAGCAAAAUGUACGAAAACCUCUACUUUUUACAGAUUGAAAAAACCUGUGCGAACAUGUUGAUAGUCUACUGAAUGUUCUAUUUCCAUUCUACUGUACUUUGAUACCUGUCUAUGGAUCUUGCAAAACUGUUUAUUGAACAUGUGAUAUCUGUUCAUCGACUCCACCCGAUGUUCUUCUAUGUCUGUGGAAUGGUAUUUCACAUGAAUAAAACCAUAUAACAAACUGUG